UCUGACGCUAAGAUGGUCUUAGAUGUUAUAGCCAGAAUGGAGGACACAGAGCCAUUCUCAGAGGAGUUGCUUGCAGCCAUGAAAAGAUUGUGGGUUGACUCUGGUGUGCAGGAGUGCUUAGGUCGUGCUAAUGAGUAUCAGCUCAAUGACUCUGCCAAAUACUUUUUAGAUGAUUUAGACCGUUUAGGUGCAAAAGAUUACAUGCCAACUGAGCAGGAUAUCUUGAGGACAAGAGUUAAAACAACUGGCAUAGUUGAAGUCCAUUUCUCAUUUAAAAAUUUAAAUUUUAAAUUAUUUGAUGUGGGUGGGCAGAGAUCUGAAAGAAAGAAAUGGAUACAUUGUUUUGAAGAUGUGACAGCCAUUAUAUUUUGUGUUGCUAUGAGUGAAUAUGACCAAGUCUUACAUGAAGAUGAAACAACAAAUCGAAUGCAGGAGAGCUUGAAAUUGUUUGAUUCCAUCUGCAACAACAAGUGGUUCACAGAAACCUCUAUUAUUCUGUUUCUCAACAAGAAAGAUCUCUUCGAGGAAAAAAUCAAGAAGUCCCCAUUAACAAUAUGUUUCCCUGAAUAUACAGGUAAGCAAAUGUAUCAAGAGGCCUCUGCAUACAUACAGGCACAGUUUGAAGCUAAAAAUAAAAGCUCAGCGAAGGAAAUCUACUGUCAUCAAACAUGCGCUACAGACACUAACAACAUUCAAUUCGUCUUUGACGCUGUUACGGAUGUCAUUAUUGCAAACAACCUAAGGGGUUGUGGGCUCUACUGAACACUCUAUUUCAUUCAUCUAUUUUCCUUUUGUUUGACUCACAAGGACAGAGAUAUGAAUAAAUGUUGUUCUAAUGGGGAAAGGAUGCGAGUAAGGCAAGGGAAGCAACCUGAUGCACUGGCCUUCUGGAGCGUUAGUUAGUAGAAUAUAAUGACCAACAUGGGUUUUAAAUGUGAAACAAAAACAGUGUUUUCAAUGUUCUGACCUGAUGCUGUUUUAGCCAAGAGGACACACACCUAUCAUAAACUGUGUGCUAGAGGUAUUGAAAUAUAAGCUCAGCUAGAUCGUCAUUUCUUAUUCACUAGAAAUUUUUAAGAUUUUCAGAGUUUUUGGAGUGUUUGAAGCUUGUGGCAGCCAUUUUUUUUUAAAGUAGGAAGAUACUUGCAUGGUAAGCAGGGGCAUUUUAGAGUUUAAAUUUUAUAUUUUUAAUGUAAAGGAUUGUCAAAGAACAACACCAUAAAUAAUCAAGUUUUUAUUACAAUUUAAUUUUUUUUUUAAUUGUGUGUCUAAAAGUUUUUGAGGAAAUUAACUCCUUUAACAAUGUCAUAAUCAAUAUUUUUUUGCUGUUCAUUCACUUUUGGUUAUCAUAUUUCUAUCAAACUAUACUUUGUGAACUUGCAACUUUAGUUGUAGAGUUACACCCUAUUAAGUAGUUCACUUAUCUCUUUGCUGUUUUUUUUUUUUUAAUGACAUUUAAUUUAGAAUGUAUUAGUUAAAUACUAAUGAAUUUAAUUCAUCUCACACUAAACAGAUGACAGGCUAAGCCUGCACAUUGAAGGCAUCAAAUUAUAACUUUAAAACAAGAAACUGGUUAAAAGGCACAAAUAUUAAAGGAAAAAGUAAAAGCAAUAUUUUUAAACAUCCUCCUCACAAAGUGAACAUGUAAAGCUCAUUGACUUAACAGAUACCCUUAGUACCAAGGUUUUAAAAAACAAACUAACUCACUGUUCUUACGAAACUUCGAAACUAGUUCAUUAAUAAUGUUAAUUCUGACUAUAGCUUAGACAAGUUUUGUUUAUUACAUUUUUUAAUAGAACUUCAGAUAAACUAAAAGAAUUUUUUUUUCUCUACCAGAGUGUCAUUCUGUCAAAAUUAAUUUGGCCGUGAAAAGUUUAAAACAAUUUUGUAAAAGUUCUAAUUUUAAAAACUACAGCUGUUAUGCUACAACAGGGCAUUAUAUUUGUAAUAUGUAUGAGCUGAUUUUUAUUAGAAAAUAUAACUCAUAAUACAGCUUGAUUCCCCCCCCCCCCCCUCCCCCAAUUAAUUAUACUAAGAAGCUUAGUUAGCUUAGUUAAUAUGUGGAGAAACCUGUGUUAAAAAUAUGUGUCGCAAUGACAUUGCAUGGGACUGUAAAAAAAAAAUAAGCCAAGAUCUCCAUCACUAAAAAAGAGCCCAUUUUUCAAUAUUUUCCUUAGACGGUAAAAAAUCACUACUUUGAUCACUACUCAAUUUAAAUGAUUUAUUUUAGUUUGGUAUGGGAAAAUUUGAUAAAGGAAAGUUUACUUGUUUAUUGAAAAUGGAGAUAAACAUGCAUACACAAUUAAGUCAUGUUGACUAAAUGUAUGUAAAAAAAAAAACAAUACUGACUGUAAAAGCACAACAUUAACAAUAAUGCAACCAUAGUUUGAGCACAGUAACAAUUGAAUUGGCCCUAUGUUUUUCACUAAAGAUAUAUAUAUUGAAGAAGAGAUAUUAUUUUAACAAAAAGUGUUAGAGAUUACUUGCAUGCUACAUGAAAGUAUUUCAUAAGCACAGAAUAAUAGCUCAAUUUUUUUCCAUCUCCUUUACCUAUUUAUAGAAUUUUUUUUUUACAUGCGUACUGUUUCAUAUCCUCCUUCUUAUGUUUGGUUGAGUAUUCCUUUUUAUAUGUAGAUUUAUCUUGUGCAUUCCUGUUUGUUUCAAGGUACACUUUCUUAGUACCCAGUUUAGGCACUUCUAUUUUUUCAUUAAAAUUUGCAUUACAACAAAACCUGUUUUAUUUUUAUUUUUAUUUUUUUUUAAAUUAAGAAAGAACUGUUUUUAUGUUUCAUUUUUAAUACUGAUAGAUCUUUAAUUUAUAACUCAUUAUCAUACUAAUUAAAGAGGAACUUUUUUUUUUAAAAUUGAAAUUAUUAACACCCUUUAGUGCAGUACAACCCUUUAAAUUUGGAUGGCAAUGAUAUAUGUUAAAUGUAGACCUCAAAUGCUGGACAUUUGGUUUCAUCACGCGUCGAACAUUUAAACUAUAAGCAAUGCUAGUUUUUUUUUUCUCAUUUAUUCUUCAUCAUUUUUUGCUUAUAAUUAUUAUAAAUAUAUUUUUUAAAAUAGUGCAUAAAAAUAGAGAUGAAACAGUUGAAAAUUAUUCUUUUUACUUUUGACUUAGGCCUAUUUAAAAUUGUAAGAAUAUAUGGAAUGAAUGAUAUUCUUAUGGCUAGUUGAUUUACCAUUAUAUACGUGCUCUGUUGUUAGGGUAAAAUCUAUUGAGGUAAACUCUAAAAUCUACUGAGGUAACUUCUCUUUCAUGCAUGGCAGUGUUUUUACAAAUGUACCCUACCAGUCAUUUUUUCUAAAAAAAAAAUGUUACUUAGUAAAAUUUUUAUAGGUUUAGUUUAAAGAAAUGGCAUAAUAUUAAAAUUAUUACAGUAAUAUAAUAAUCAAUAGUAAUAAAUAAUAAAAGGUUUUAACCUUUGCAUUUUGAAAUUAAUUAUGAAAUUAAUAUAGUUCAAGGAAAGGAUUGAAAAGGAUCUAUUUUCAAACACAUGUGAUACAUUAUUCUAGAUUGGUGAUACACCAACUGUUUAUUACAACCGAAUGCACAGAUUAUAAAUUGUACAUUUUAGCUUUAUCUUUUUUAAAUGAAAAUUAAAACUAGAUUUUUUAAUCCUGUAACUUAAACUUAAUAGUUCAAAAGUACAAACUGAAAGAAAAGCAAUGUAUGAAAAAAAAAUUGAAAAUUUAUAAUUAUAAUUAAAGACCUGUUCUAUGAGAACAUUAUUUUAAAAGAGACAUCUAUCCUUUAAAAAAUUAUAGGGCAAGAUUGUCUGAUAAGUUCUGUACUAACUAACCUUUUUGUGUGUAAGGGAAUGUACGGUAAUAACCAACAACCGUGAUGUGUCUUAAUAGGUUAGUGCAAGCAUGGUUGUCCACAUUCUAGUCUUCAGCAGUUUGAAAUAAUUUUUUUUCACAUGCACAAAUUGUUGGUGUGGUAAGAAGACACAAGAACUAUUGGAUUGUGUAAAAAAAAUGGAUCAGGAGAUGCACCCCCUCAAUGUUUUACUUAAAAAGUUAAACCUGCUCAUCUCAGAUCUUGCGGACAUGCCAAUGCUUAGAGAGAUAUUUGCUUUUCAUUUUUUUGUGAAUGAAUCACGGUCAUUAACAGAUAGUAAUAUAAAUUUAACAGAAAAAAAAAAAGAGGAAAGGGCUUUUAGUUUUGACAAGGGUAUCAGAGCAAAGCAAAAUGACAUGAUCGUGCUGGGUUGUUUUUUUUUUCCUCACUUUUACAGAUGGAUUUUGUACUUUUCAAAACCCUUCUGUAUAGACCCUACAUUUAAAUACUAUAAUUGUAAAGUAUGUUAUACAUGUGAGUGGGUGCAGUAGUUAUUUUUCAUGUUUGCAUCUGUGUGUAGAGAAUCACUAUGAACUAUGUAUACAAUUAUUGCCGCUUGAAUGUGCAGUUUUGGAUAGUUUUUUUUUUUUUAAAUGCCAUUGAAUGUGCAGUUUAAGAGUGCACGCGUUUACAAUGAUUUGAGUGUUUUAACAACGUUCUAUAAAUGAAUGCUUCAACUUGUACAUUUUGCACCUUUUUUAAAAAGUUGUUUUUAUCACAAUUAUUUUAUGUUAAAAGUUAUUCACUUGUAUUACUUUUGUUUGAAAAAAAAUUAAAAACAUAAGUUUGGACAAAUUUACAAGUCUCAUUUGAAACUACAUAUAUCUUUUAAAAUGACGUUGUGAAUUGUACCUUUCUCAUUUUCUUUGCUAUAGGUGUGCCUGUAUUUGAUAAUGUGUACGACAAGCUACAAGAAUGUGUGUAUAUGUCACAUUUUGAAUAUCACUUUAAGAUGUGGUCAAGUAUAUCGACAGAUUUUAAUUGUUAUAUCUUUGAUGUUUUUCUCUAUGUCCUAUUCUCUUUAUACUCUGUGUGUCCAUGAUGAAGAAUCUCACUUGUUUCUAGUAAUGACUGUACCCUUCACCCUAACUUCAGGCUUACCAGUCUAAAAGUUAAAAACUAUAAUUUAGUUUUAUUUUGAAAUGAGAUUUGUGAUUCAUGGAUUUUUUUUUUAAAUAAUGCCAAUGCUUAAGGUGAUUAUUAAAAAAAUGUCAUAAAAUUUUAUUUUUUAUGUUUAGAUGCAUUAGACGUUUAUAUAUGCUCACAGAUGUAUUAGUUAAAAAAAUUUUUUCACAUCUUUGUCAAAGUGAAAUCAAUAAAGCCAAAAAAUAAAUAUUGAUGAAUUACUUUGCUUUGUGUACACAUAAGAUGUACUAACAAUACAAAAUUUGUGUGAACUAGUGCAAAAGUACUUCUUAAAUCAUUUCAGUUGUUUUUUUUUGUAACUGGUUUCCAUUCUCAAAAAAUUGCAAUAACAAUUAGGUGAAGUUAUGGUAUAUUUAGUAACUUGCACAUGUACUCUGCAAGUGUUUGGCUGUAAUUGUACACCGUUAAUUAAAUAAAGCACACUAUGUGCUAUUGUGUGAAUGUUUGUUGACGCAAGUUCACAUUUUUUUACAAUGCUUUUUUAAACAAAAAAAAACCCAGUUAAAUGUAGUCGUUAUAAUAAUCAGCCUGAACACUCCAUCUAAAGGGUAAAGUGCAUGUAUGAUAUGAGCUUUAAAUAGCUAUAAAUCCAUGCUUGCGACAAAUUAAAAAACAAAAAAGCUUAAUAGAUAAAGUCGAGGAUUUAGAUUCAGUAAACCCAAAUGUUUUCCCCAAAAAUUGAAACCCAUCCCAAUGAAAGAUUUUUAACACAGAUGAAGGCAGGUCUACAUUUUACAAUUAAAAUGCCGUAUCAGUUGUUUGUAUUCAGCUCUAUUUAAACCUAAAAAUGUAUUUUGGUGAAUUUAACUUCUAUUGAAAAUUACAUUUAAAUUCAUGAAUAAUUUCCAAAAAGGAUUUAAUUUUGUGUGUGAAUUUGUUAAUCAACUGAUUCAUUGUAAUGCUAUAAUGAAGUAGUUAUCAGUAGGAUUAGGUUUUAUUACUGAGCCUACUGUCAGCAAGUAUCUUUUUGCAAUUUUAUUUCAUGUUUAUAUAUAUAAUUUUAUAAAUCAUCACCCAUGUUAAAAGAGAAUGUGUGUGAUUUUUUUUCUGCUCUCUCUGUGUUUCAUUUAGAUAACUACAAGCAAGCAUGCUCUGUACAUUCAGUCAUUAUUUUUAUAAUGUCAAGUAAAUCAUUGCCUGGUCAUUUCUAUAUGUAUAGUUCUUGGCACCAAGUUGAAUAAUUCUCAAUUUUUUUAUCAUGUUUGUUUUUACUUAGUAGAUCACAGUUAUCAGUAUUUUUAGUUAUAACAUUUUUUUUUAAAAAUAGUUUUUAUUUACAAUUACACUGUCACAAAAUAUUCAUCAAUUAUUUUAAAUGCAAAAAGUCACAUUUUUGGCCAAUUUUUUUUUUUUCAAAAAUGUAAAUAUGUCAGCAAUAUUUUUUUUAGAACUUUAAUGAAAAUGAAACUUAAAUCCUCUUUAAAUUGUAAAGGAACAUAAAAGUUUAUGUUAUGAAACUCUUUGUGCAAUCUUUAAGUUAUAUUUAUAUUUAACUAUUUAUUUCAAAUUACAUAUAAAGACACCAUAACAUCACUGGUUUCUGUUCCCAUUUUACGUUAUGCAUAUUUUCCCCCCUUUUUGGUACAAGUUACCCCAAGAAUAACAUAAAAUCAAUUUUCUCAGCAACUCUUAAAGAUGUUAUGAUCUUUAGAAAAUUAGAUCUAAGUUAACCACAUGGUACUACUAGUAAACAAUGAAUAUUUCCUUUCAUACUAUGUGUUUCCCACUCUGUAUUCAUUAUGAACCAGUUGACAGAUAGUAAAUCAUGGUGCUGGCAUCCACCUUGAUUUCAUUCAGAGAAGAACACGCUGCUUUAUAUUUUAGUAUAGCCAAGUUCCUGUUUUCUGGGUUCAAAAUGUAAAUAAGUGUGGACAGCAAUGAUUGUGUGGUACCAUUUACUCUUUUCACUAGAUAUGAUUCUCCCACAGUAAUAUCUCAUUUGCCAAAACUAAUUGUACUUGUUGACAAAUUAAUAUUUGGAAAGAGAAAUUACAGUGGAGAAUUUUUGAAAUGUGGAUUUUGAUUUAAACUGUAGGUGCCAUUGAAAAAGUGAAGUUGUCCUCUUUUGAACUAGCUGAAGUAGAAUAAGUGAACAUAAUUUUUAACCUACUUGAAUAAUUAUGUAAUUUGUGCAGAAAAAGAAUUUAGAAAAAAAAACAUCUCCUUUUUAAAAAUGAAUUGAAAUUUUAAAUUAUUUUAAUUCUUUACUUUUUAAGAUGCUUGAAAGCUUUGUCUAUUAAAAAAAAAACAUGGUGUAUCAGUUAUAAUAUAAGUUUUAAAAAAUAAAAUAAAAAUGAAACAAAGAUUUUGCACAUGAAAUUAUAAUAUACCAAUAUGCAUACUUUUCCAGCUUCAAUGUGUGGUUUAUUGUUGCUAGUGUACACAUAUGUUGGCCUGUUUGGUCUAUGACUGCACCUAGUCUCCAAGCUGACAGCUUUUUUUUUGGUUCGGAGUUUAUCCUGGAAUAGUGGUCUGAGCAACUUCAGUGUUCUACAUUAGGUUGGUUGAAAAGUAGAAAGAAAAGGGGCAAAUAAGGUGGAAAACAAUUUUUAAAAUCUUCAUUUCAAAAUUUUUUGCAAGUUUUUGUGAUAAAAAACUCUGUAUGAUCAAAAUGGAGCUGUCAGAUUAGAGACAUUUAACACAUUUUAUGUGACUUGUAAACAUAUUUGAUAUUUCCUUAUCAAUUUCAUAUUUGGUGUAUGCAUAACCGUAAUCUUUAACAAAUUGUUCCCCCCAAUCACGAGAGGUAGUAGUGUUUGUUUGUUAAUGUUUCAUGUCAUAAUUCAUCAUGUGAAUUAUUCUAAUUUACUUAUUACAUUGUCAGUCUGUUGGUAACAAAAUAUAUUUGUCUGUUCAAAAGUGUUUGAUAGCCGAAUGCCUCAGCUCUGAAUUUAUUUUGUAUGUUAGUUCAAUGGGAUGUGUGCAAUCUUAUUAUUCAUCAUUACAAUUAUCUAGUGAAAAAAAAAAUUUGAAAUGGUAAGAAAAUUCUUGAUUUCAGCAUCUUUUCAGUGCAAUUGUUUCUAUAUGUGUAGGUGUUCAACUAUUCUUCAAUUCACUCCUGCCUGUGGCGUAGAGCCCGAGGGUCCAUAGGGGCGACUUUAAAAUUUUGGCUAGCAAUGCUCGGCAUACAAUGCCUCUUUAUCUGUGCUCCCUUGUAAUUUUGCACUCCUUUGGACCCUGGACUGCACACUACUACUACUAUUACUACUACAACAACAUCAGUAUCAUUUUCAGCAGGAAAUAAACUCUCAAACUUUCACAAGAACAGACUUGAUAUUUUGCUUUAUCCAUUAUUAUGUAGCGGUUAGAUGGUCUUAAUCCUUAUUGUCUAAAAAUUACUGAAAUAAAAUAAUGUUCUUGUCUUGUU